AUGGCUAAUAACGAUAGCACUGAGGAGGUCAUCACCAUCGAUUCAGAUGAUGACGACUUGGAGGUAACGCGCUAUGCGACUCCGACCGCGAGUAAUAGGUUUUCCGGUGUGAAACACGGGACCGCUACACCGACUCAACUCGAGUCACCGCGUACUCUUCUUUCUGGGUCAUCGAGCGCUGUAAAAAUCCAGCCCGUGGACAGCGAUGAGGAGGACGCCAACGAUGGCGAGCUAGCGUACAAGAGGUUCAAGGAGCGAAAAUCUCUUAAGCGCAAACAAACUGCUGCAGCAACCCGAAAAGCGAAAAUGCCCAGGGGAGACCAAAUCGUUGGUCGAAUUAAACAAAAGCGACCAACGCCUCUUCCUAAACGGCCAUUAAAGCAAUGGGGUGACUUACCAUCGGAAGAUGAGCUGGAAAAUGAUUUGCCUGGGUACCUCAAAAACCGUCGCAGCCAGUUCGACCGGACGCAUGAACAGCUACAAGCUCAUGGGCUGAAGCUACCACCCACCUACGAGGGUGUGGAUUUCUCGGAUGAUGAACGGCUUGAAGAACUUCAAGAACGUCCUGUCUUUCCGGAGAACACCCGAAAGCAGGAGUACAAGGACAUCAAACUUGAAUAUUCGAUGGGCAUUAUUCCUGCGCCGAUCGCCCAGUGGUUGCGGCAGUAUCAAGUGGAGGGAGCUGCGUUUCUCCACGAGCUAUUUGUAUAUCAAAAGGGUGGUAUUCUAGGAGACGACAUGGGUCUUGGGAAAACCAUCCAGGUAAUUGCUUUCUUGACUGCUGCAUAUGGAAAGACAGGGGACGAACGGGACGCAAAGCGCAUGCGAAAGAUGCGCCGGUCUGAUGACAGCGCUUGGUAUCCACGCACGCUCAUCGUGUGCCCUGGAACUCUUAUUUCAAACUGGAGGGCGGAGCUUGCGCGCUGGGGUUGGUGGCAUGCUGAAAGCUAUCACGGGGAGAACAAGGACCUUGCGCUCCAUGCAGCCAAGUCAGGGAGGGUGGAAAUCCUGAUUACAACCUACACUACGUACAUGAACAACAAAGACGCUGUCAAUAUGAUUGAAUGGGACUGCGUGAUCGCAGACGAGUGCCACAAGAUCAAGGAGCGCAAGUCGGGAACCACCCAGUCUAUGAACGAGAUCAAUGCGUUAUGCCGGAUAGGACUGACCGGUACGGCCAUCCAGAACAAAUAUGAAGAAUUAUGGACUCUUCUCAAUUGGACGAACCCUGGCGUUCUGGGUCCAGUAGCCACAUGGAAGGCACAAAUAUCAGAGCCACUGAAGAUCGGCCAAUCGCACGAUGCCACCCUGAGCGAGCUCAGUCGAGCACGGAGAACAGCCAAGAAGCUGGUCGAGAACCUACUUCCGCAAUUUUUCAUCAGGAGGAUGAAGUCUUUGAUCGCGGAUCAAUUGCCCAAAAAGAUCGACCGGGUUGUAUUCUGUCCUCUAACUGAGACACAAGCCGAGGCCUACGAGAAUUUCCUUGACAGUGACAUUGUCGACUAUAUCAAAACAUCUACAGAACCAUGCGGUUGUGGAUCGGGCAAGAAGGCCGGCUGGUGUUGUCGCCGUUUAAUUCCCGAUAGGGACCCUCCAACCUGGCAGUCCUAUGUGUUCCCUGCUAUUAAUGUGCUUCAAAAGCUCAGCAAUCAUCUGGCAAUCCUGAUCCCACAAGGAGUAGAUCCAAAAGAGAAGCAGGAGAAAGAUAGAGAUUACCUGGAACUUGCGCUGCCCGAACAAUGGGAAGAUCUGUACCGCUCGCGCGACUCGAUCGUCAACUAUGCGAACCCUGAGUUUUGCGGCAAGUGGAAGGUUCUGCGGAGGUUACUCAAAUGGUGGCAUUCAAAUGGAGAUAAAGUUCUUAUCUUCUCACAUAGCGUGCGUCUUCUCAAGAUGUUGCAAAUGCUGUUCCAUCACACUAGUUACAAUGUCAGCUACCUGGAUGGAUCCAUGAGUCUCGAUGACCGUGCAAAAGCUGUGGACGAGUUCAAUGCCGACUCGCGACAGUUUGUUUUCCUUAUAUCUACCAAGGCUGGUGGUGUUGGGCUGAACAUCACCUCAGCAAACAAAGUGGUAGUCGUUGAUCCGAACUGGAACCCGUCCUACGACUUACAAGCCCAGGACCGGGCCUACCGCAUAGGACAACUUCGUGACGUGGAAGUCUUCCGGUUGAUUUCUGCCGGCACGAUUGAAGAAAUCGUCUACGCUCGACAGAUCUACAAGCAGCAACAGGCAAACAUUGGAUACAAUGCAAGUUCCGAGCGUCGAUACUUCAAAGGCGUCCAAGAAAAGAAAGACCAAAAGGGUGAGAUCUUUGGACUGAAGAAUUUCUUCGGGUAUCAGAACACGAAUAUCGUUCUACGUGACAUCGUCAACAGAACAAAUGUCGCUGAAAGCCGUGCGGGGGUAGAGGUCGUCGACAUAGACCUCAAAGUAGAAGAAGAAGGCCACGACUACACCGAUCGGCCAAUGAAAUCCGAAGAGGAAGCAAUGAGCCAACUCGCGGCGAUGAUCUGCGGCGAAGACGAAGACAAAAAAGACCACAAGCCUUCAGCCAGUCUUCCAACACCGCAUAAGCACGACCCCGUUCAAGCAAUUCUCGCAAACGCAGGCGUGGAAUACACCCACCUCAACAACGAAGUGAUCGGGUCCUCGCGUGUCGAGGAAAACCUUAGUCGUCAAGCUGAGCUGGCUCAAAAUGAUGCGACAGGUGACCGUCAAGUCUUCAUGUCCUCGCAGCCUUUCUCCCAGCCGACGGAGGCACCUGUGCGAUUCAAAUACCACCCACCGGAGGAUGUCAUACGUCGCCAGUUCUGUAGUAUGGCGCGGCGGUUUGGGUACGCUGAUGCUACGGAGUUUGCGCUCGUUGUUGAGGCCAUGACCCAGGCGCAGCGGAGAGCUUGUCUUGACAAGUGGUAUCGAGAGAGGAGAGAGAUACUACUUUCUGCGGAUCAGAGUACUCCCAAGGAGGAGUGGAUGAAAGACGAAGAAGUUCCUGAGGAGAUGGAUGUUAAAGAUGAAUGGAUCAAGGAUGAGAAUGGCCCUAAGGAGGAGAGUCCGGGUCUUUGA